AUGCCCUCGGCCAAACAAAGGGGCUCCAAGGGCGGCCACGGCGCCGCGAGCCCCUCGGAGAAGGGCGCCCACCCGUCGGGCGGCGCGGAUGACGUGGCGAAGAAGCCGCCGCCGGCGCCGCAGCAGCCGCCGCCGCCCGCGCCGCACCCGCAGCAGCACCCGGCGCCGCAGCCGCAGAACCAGGCGCACGGCAAGGGCGGCCACCGCGGCGGCAAGUCCUCCGCCGCCGCCGCCGCCUCGUCCUCGGCGUCCUGCUCGCGCAGGCUCGGCCGGGCGCUCAACUUUCUCUUCUACCUCGCGUUCGUGGCCGCGGCCGCCUUCUCGGGCUGGUGUGUGCACCACGUCCUGGAGGAGGUGCAGCAGGUCCGGCGCAGCCACCAGGACUUCUCCCGGCAGCGGGAGGAGCUGGGUCAGGGCUUGCAGGGCGUCGAGCAGAAGGUGCAGUCUCUGCAAGCCACAUUUGGGACUUUUGAGUCCAUCUUGAGAAACUUCCAACAUAAACAAGAUCUCACAGAGAAAGUCGUGAAGCAAGGGGAGAGUGAGAUCAACCGGGUCAGCGAAGUUCUGCAAAAGCUCCAGAACGAGAUUCUCAAAGACCUCUCAGAUGGGAUCCACGUGGUGAAGGAUGCCCGGGAGCGGGACUUCACGUCCCUCGAGAACACGGUGGAGGAGAGGCUGACGGAGCUCACCAAGUCCAUCAACGACAACAUUGCCAUCUUCACUGAGGUCCAGAAGAGGAGCCAGAAGGAAAUAAAUGAUGUGAAGGCCAAGGUUGCCUCCCUGGAAGACUCCGAGGGGUACAAGCAGGAUCUGAAAGCCUUGAAGGAAGUUGUGAAGGAAGUGCAAGCCUCCGUGAAGUCCAGAGAAAAGGACAUGGAGGCCCUGAGAAGCACCCUCCAGACCAUGGAGUCCGAUGUCUACACCGAGGUCAAAGAGCUGGUGAGCCUCAAGCAGGAGCAGCAGAGGUUCAAGGAGGCCGCCGACUCGGAGCACCUCACGUUGCAGGCCCUCACGGAGAAGAUCCUCCAGUCGGAGGAGGCCACGUCCCGCCUCCCCGAGGAGAUCCGGAGGCUCGGGGAGGAGCUGCGCCAGCUGAAGGCCCAGUCCCUCCGGCCGGAAGAAGACGGGGUUUUCCGAAACUCCGACGCCCUCGCAUCACUCCAGAAGGAGAGUCAGGGCUUGGACUCCCGGCUGCAGACCGUGGAGGAGGGCGUGCAGGCUGUGCAGAAGGCCUCUGCGCGCCAGAGCGCAGGCCUGGAGGCCCUGCUGGCGAAGAGCGAGGAGUGUGAGCAGCGCCUGGCCGCCCUGCAGACGCUGCUGGACGGCCUGGGCUCCUCGCCCGACGAGGCGGACAAGGGCGGCCUGGCCAGCACCGUGAGGAGCCUGGGCGAGGCCCAGCUCUCACUCUACAGCGACGUGGAGGAGCUGAAGAGAAGCGUGGGCGAGCUCCCCAGCGCUGUGGACACGCUCCAGAAGGUUCAAGAGCAGGUGCACACGCUGCUGGGUCAGGACCCGGCCGCGGCGGCCCGCGUGCCUCCUGAGGACCUCCUGGACAGACUUGCUUCUCUAGACCACCUCACCUCCUCAGUCAGCCAAGUGGAGUCGGACUUGAAGAUGCUCAGGACUGCCGUGGACAGUUUGGUGGCAUACUCGGUGAAAAUAGAAACCAAUGAGAACAACCUGGAAUCAGCCAAGGGUUUGCUCGAUGACCUGAGAAAUGACCUGGAUAGGUUGUUUGUGCAAGUUGAAAAAAUUCAUGAAAAAGUCUAAAUGAAUUGUGUUUGCAGGGUGCGGAUUGAAAGUCCAGUUUCUCAUGACAAAAAAAAAAAAAAAAAAAAGUGUUGUUUUCUCCCUUGCGCCCCUCCUCCCCCCACGCUCUCAUCCCCCCUUAAAGAGCAGUGGACACCAUUGGAACACCACAGCAUUUUGUACUUCUGCGCCUGGUUAAUUUAUUUACGAUGAUUACCACACACCACUGGUUUCACGAGUGAUCUGCUCCGGCUCUUGGUGCCCUGCAGGCCCGGCGCCUGUGAAUCUGGUCACAGGGACGCCUGGUGUCAGGAUGGCGGUGGCUUCACCCGAGGAUUAACGAAGCAGAUUAACCUCAGAAAAGCCUCCCUGGCUGGCAGAUUUCAAGUGAAAAGAGUGGGGGGAGGGGGCAUUUUUCUCUCUAAUUGUCUUUAAGGAAAAUUCUUCCUACUUUUUUUUUUAUAUUUCCGGCUGAAGUUUUCAGAUGUCACGUUUUUGUCUUCCACUUUCAACUGGUUAAAACUCAUAAACGUCAGCUCUGAAUCGGGAGGGGGAAGCCCCUAGUUUUUUUAGUUGAAAAGAAGCAGCUGCUGGACUGUGGCCUCCUGUGGUGUGGGUGUCUCUUCCCGAAUCAUCUCCUGGUCUCGCAGGUAGCUAUGCAAAGAACCGAGCCGGUUCUGAAUGUGAAGGCACAACACCCCACAGAGUCCCCUGUGGCCGACCUGUGUCACCUCUCAGUUGGGUCCCCAAAUAAUGCGAAGGUUUAUAAUCCCUGAAAGGGGCAUCCCUGGAUCCUCUUGGGAAAUGUGUUCUGGGGGCCGGCCGGAGGCCUGGGCUGUCUCCCCGGGCACAGAGGCCAAGUGUUCUGCGAUGCCCAUGAAGAGGUCUGCGCGCGAGGGGCACGUGCAUUUUCUGUAGUUGUUGGCUGUGUCCCCCCCCUCGAGCUGUACCAUUCCUUAUUGGCUGUCUUGCCUUUCAAAAAAGGAAAAAAGAAAAAAAAAAA